GAUUUGAUCAGUCUGCGUUCGGCCGUCGUUCAUACGCAGCUCUCCCGAUUACGUCUCGUCGAUCCCGCUCAAUCGCUCCCCCGAUCCGGGUCCGCGCCGCGGAAAAACUCCGUCAACCGUCCUCGUCCGUUUGGGGCGCCGCCGAGUCGAAAACAGUUUGCGAAUUUUUUUUUUUUAUUAUUUUUAUUUUUAUUUUUUAUUUUUAUUAUUAUCAACUCUUAUUAACUAUACAUGUAGUUUUUGAAAAAAAAAAAAAUUAAAAUCGUUUCCCUUCUUUCCGCCCACGCGGCCAAAACGACCGCGAUAUCGCGAAGUCCGGCGGGUCACUAUGAUCGGUCCGUCGCCGUCGCCGACGCUGUCGCUCGACCGGCCGGCGAAACGGUGCGCGCCGGUCGUCCGGACCAAACGGUAAAUCGGCAAUAAUUAUCAUUAUUAUUGCAACGCUGCCGCGAAAAUUACCGUUGCGAACCGCAACUGACAAUCGUGUUUUAUAUUAUAUAUAUAUAUGUCACUCGUAUAAUAUAGAUCAUUUUUUUAAUCUUGUUCUGUUUUUAAUUCGUUCGCUCGAUCGUGUAUACUACUUAUCGCGCAAACGUUCACCGCAGAUUUUUUUCCGCGUCCGAUCUGCCACAGAUCGUCAGAGAUUUUAACAAUCUCCAGUAAUCGCAGAUCCGCGACAUACGCCCGCGGCAAGAACGAUAACCACUGACAUAUUAUUGCUGCAGUUUACCGGCCGUCUCACCGCCCGCCGGAGGCGAACAACAGUGACAAUCGUCUGAAAAUCUCGCGUGCACGAGAAAAGCUCGGUAGAAGCCCACCGCCGCUGGCACGGACGGAGGGAAAUCCGGCCAAAGGUCGACGGCAGGUCUAUCCGUGCAGACAUGGUGUGUGGCCGACGACGACGAAGCCGCCGCCGCUACGCACCUGAAUUCUCACCUGCUGCAUGAGUCGCGUUCAACCACUUACGUUAACAAAAAUAAUCCAGAGUGCUUUCGUUCUAUUAAUGGUGGUGUUGUGCGACAUUUGGAGGUGCGGCCCUGGCUAUGGAUUUGGGGUCCGACUAUACAACGAUUGCAGUAGUCGAAAUGUCAGGGUUGACUACCGGGGACGAGUUCUCGCCGACGACGAGACUUCGAAUCCAUUUCAAAACCUGACUGUCAAAUCCCUGGACUUCAGUAUUCGACUGUCGAUAUUCGCUGAGGAGUCGCAUCGGUAUUUGUGUUUCAACAACAAAUGGUCCCUUGUUGGUUCGAAACAUUUCCGCGGCCCCAAGUGUCUGUUCUACGAGGAGAUGCUUUCCACCGGGUACACACGGUACAAGUCGGUGGUCGACAAGUCGCGGUACAUAGGUUUCAACCGGCGGGGCCGUCCAAUGCGGCGGCACGUGUUCCACACGGACCCGCUGAACCGUUGCCUGAACUUCCUCAAGCUGGACACCAAGUUUGACAUCGGCGACCACAACCGCAAAGUGGCCGCUUCGUCGGGCAAGACCAUCGCGGUCGGCGGCAGCGGAGGCAAGCGCAACGGUGCGUCCAAGAAACCGAUUGCGUCGUCCGGUGGCGGUUACAACAGAAAAUCGCCAACGACCACCUCCACGACGACGACCACCACGACGACAACCACCACCACCACAACCACCACCACAACGACCACUACACCACCACCACCACCUCCACCACCAUCACCGUCAACACAUCCUUCUUCUAAACCACCAGUCAAGCACAGUCGAAUUCGGUUCAGACACAACCGACGCAACAGACACCGUCCCGAAGCCCUUCAAUCGUUAGAUCAAGACUAGAAUAGUAUUAUAUUAUUACUAUUAUUAUUAUUAUUAUUAUUAUGACUAUUACUAUUAUUAUUAUAAUUAUAUUAUUAUCGUCAUCGUUAUAGUAUUCUCGUGACACCAGACUCGUAAAAAACCAAGCAGUUAUCAUCACAAUUUUUACUAUUAUUAUUGUAAAUUUAAUAUUUAUAACGGAACGAAAUUCCCGAUCAUCGACGCAUAGGUCGUAGUUUUUUUUUAUAUUUUAUCUACGAACACCCGACGAUGUUGCUGCGAUUUAUAGGUAGAUAAUAUUAUAUAGGUUAACGAUCGCGGUGGCGUUUGAGGUAUUUUUACGUAGGUACACAAUCAAAACCCUCCUCGGGGGGGACUAUUUUUCUUUAAAUGUUUUUUUAUCAUUAUAUUUAUAUUUGUUGCGUGAAUGCAAUGUUUAAACGUCGUUUUUUUUUUUUGUUUGAUUUUCAAACGUAUCUCAGCUAACUGUGUUACUACAGUCGUUGACGACACCGUGUGCUCGUCAUAAUGAUUCGAUUCGCGUGGUGCACUCAUUACCCGGAGAGAGGUGAAAAAUCUGUGCUCGCGCGUAUCGACUACGGAUUUUCCCGUCGCGUUUCCCGAAGAUAACCGAACGGUCCAGUGUUUGUAGGACCGAUGUACAAUAGUUUUAUAUUCGUACGAAAUUGGAUGAUCCAUUCUAUAUGCCAUGAUAUCAUACCGUUGCUCCGGGGGCACGUCUGACAUUCCGUUGGGCAUGUUACCGAUUUACAUUUUAUUAUUAUUAUUAUUAUUAUUAUUACUUUUAUUAUAAUUAUAGGGAUUAAUAUUUAUUUUACCGCCCAAAGUAUAUUGUGUUUUAUUAUAAGCUGUUAUUUCCGCACCUCCCCUUCUCGCGACGAUUGGCUCCUCGUUAAUCAUAAGAAUGACAACAAAUAUUACUCGCGUGUUACUUAUUAUAAUAUAUAUUAUCAUAUACUAUAAGCAGGUAACAUCAGUGUACCAUAUUGUAGCCAUCAGAACAAAAUGCGCAUAGUUAAAAUGAAAGAGUCCAAUGCUAUUAUUUGAAUUGUCACGGAAAACAUGUUUAGUAAUAUUGUUUAGUAUGAUAAAUCUAGUCAAUAUUUCCUUUCCAUUAUAAGCACUUAUAAUCCACAACAUCAAGUAUAAAAUAAAAGCGUAAAAUGACGUAACAUUGUGUAGUAAUUUCACGCCUUAGAAAUAAAAUACGAAGUAACGAACGCGAUAGUAGAAUAUUGAACUAUAUAGUGUUAUGAUAUUAUAUAAUAUAUUAUAUUGUUUUGCGUAUCUAGAGCCUACAUAAAAUAUAACGAGUAAAACGUUCUCAAUACCAAAAAGUAUUAAUAUUUCUAAUUUCUAAAAAAAAAAAAAAUCAUUUGUUGAAAGCUAUGGGAAGAAAAUAAAAUAUUUGUAGCGUUUAAACAAUUCUUUAGUCACGAGUGUCCAUCAGGUAUUAUAGGUACAAGCAUAGUCAUAUUAAAUUGAAAAAAAAGUGUGUAUUGUUAAUCUUAAUAAAUAAUAAAAAAAAAAAAAGUUAAAACGGUUUUAAAUUAUUUUUCAGCGAGGAUAUAAUUUAUAGAUAACGUUUAAACUUCACCGACUGCGUGUACCUUCAUAUUGUAUAAUAAUGUAGUAACACUCCGUGUACAGUUUAGGUUAUAAGUAUAUUUCCGUUUUGUAACGUCUCGUUUUGAUCAAACCACGGGUUGCCGGACUUAAGCAUAUAAGUAUAAAAUAAAUAAUGUGUUCAUGUGUAGUAUAGUAACACUAAUAAUGAUGAUGAUAACUGUUCUGGAAACACGAGAAUAAUAUAAGAUGAUUAUACUAAAUACAUAAUAUCUGUGUUAUACAGUGCAAAUCGUUUAUAAUGACGUUCGAGGGACCAGUAGUAAAUGUAGGUCAUAAGCAUUAUAACAAACCGCCAUACAACUGAAUGGCAUGUACGGGAGUUUUUCUCGGAGUCUCGGACACUCCAUUAUUUUAGUUCACACGGGACCCGACAACAUUAUGACAAUAUUAUACAACCGCGGUGUCUUUAUAAACGAUUUCUACUGUACAAUGUAUACCCAUACAGUAUAAAUUUCAUCAGCAUAUACAAAUAAUAAUUAACAAACUUGAAUUAGGAGAACCGACCGCGUUCGGAUGAUAUAUUGUUUAACGUAAGUAAAAAAAAAAAAAAAAUAUAUCGAUGUACUAUCGAUAAAUCUCUAUGAGAUGAACGUUUUUAUUUUUUUGUUUGUCUCUCUCUCUCUAUCUCUCUCUCUCUCUCUCUUGUAAAUAUUGUCUAUAUAUAAUCACUAUGUACAUACACGGAACUGUACCAUUUUAGUUGCCUCCCCUCCCCGCCCCCAAAUUCCUUACCACCCUUUUUAUUUAUUUAUUUAUUUUAUAAUUUUUUUUUUUUUUUACAUACAUUUUUACAUAAUUUAUGUGACACCAUCCCUACUAUACAAAAUAAUUUUACGCUUUUAUGUUCUGACUCUUCGACGUCAGUGAACACCAUAUUAGUACAGGUACAUCUAUAAUACCUGACCCAAUAUUAUUGAAACACAAGUCUAUGACGAUAUGUCUUUAUCCAAAAUAUUUAGCAGUAUUAAAAAUAACGUUGUAUAUAAUUAACUAUAUUUAGAUGAGCGUGUUGGUAGUGCCACACGCCCAUGUUUUUUGUAAUGUUCUAAAACGCUUGUCGCGUUAACCGGUGCCAUACAAUAUAAUAUAUAUAUAUAUGUAUGUAUAUAUAUAUAAUUUAUAAAAAAAUCCACAGUAAUUAUGUGUUUUUAUUUUCAUAGCCCCGUCCCCUGUCCCAACACCCACAAAUUUAUUUUUAUUUGAUUUGUAACUAUAUAAUAUAUGCAUAUAUAUAUAUAUAUAUAUACGUAUACAUAGACAUUAACAUAAUUAUUGUUACGAUUAUUAUUAUUGUGUUUUUUUUUUUUUUAAUUCAUGUGUACAAUGUGUUGUACAAAUGUACAAUACAAGCGAUUUAUAUUAAUUUUUUUUUUCCAAUUUAAACUCUAUUAUUACCUCUCCCCCACCAGGCACAUCAUACUAUAUGGUAACAACCGUCGUCGUGUUAUUAUUAUUAUAAAAACAAAACAUAUUAUUAUAAUUAUUAUUAUUAUUAGGUACCUGAGCAGAUCGCCGCUCGCUAACAUGUAUUAUUAUUUUUUUUUUUAAACUUCACGCCGGCUAUUCGAUAAUUAUUGUACGCUUAUUGCACGUCCCAACUAUUGUCCCAUCACUUUCCUCCUAUACCAUAUUAUAUUUUAAUAUGUAUACCCGCACUCAGUGCUUGAAUUGCGAAAAAAAUAGAAAGGGGAUGCAAGAGUGUAAAAUAAAAUUUGCGUACCUGAAUAUUUAAAUAAUAUCGUAUCGAUUAAGAUAUAUGGGUACGCAUAAAUAUUUUUUUAAAAGAAGAGGGACUCCGUCACCCCACAAUUCAAGCACUGCCAGCACUAGUAUAGGUAGCCGGUCGUGUGAUAAACAUGUAUAUUUGUGUGUGUGUAUGUGUGUGUGUGUGAGAGAGUGUAUGUUUGUGUGUAUGUGAGUUUGUUGUUUCGCCAUAAUGCGAUGCGAUUUAAUAAUAAUGUACUACUACUACUACUACUACUACUACUACUACUACUACUACUACUUUUAGUAAUCAAAAUAAAAAUAAAAAAACCUAAUGUAUUAAGCUUUGUAAUAAUAAACAAAAUAUGUCUUAA